GUUAAUCAUUAGUAUGAGUUGGAUAUCAUAAUAAACAUUAAGUUAUUGAUAUAGUGCUUAGGAUUCAGUUGGCAUAAGUGCUUUACUUAUGCAAUUUUAAAAUAUUGUUGUUCUUAGGAGAAAAAACAGUGAAUUCAAACAGUGCAAUGUAUAUUUAAUUUCAGAAAACAAGUUCUAUGUACGAAGAUAGUUCAUAAUAUUAUAAAUAUAGUUAAACUUUAUAUUUAUCUGAGACAUACUUUAGAAUAAUUACAAAUGGCUGAUGAUAUUGUUUUUGAAUUAUUACAUUCAGAAAUAAUUAACUACUCUCUAGAGCAGAAUAAAAGUAGCAAUGGUAAGGAGGUCGAUUUAUCCGUCGUGGAGUAUAUUGGUUUUGCGGCUGGUUACAAAAUUAUGGAAAGGCUGACUAGAGAAUGGCCAAGAUUUAAGGAUGAGUUAGACACAAUGAAGUUUAUAUGUACCGAUUUCUGGACGUGUAUUUAUAAGAAACAGAUUGAUAAUCUCAGAACAAACCACCAAGGGGUAUAUGUUCUUCAAGAUAAUGCAUUCAGAUUUCUUAUAAACUUUUCUAGCGGCCAACAGUACUUGGAAUAUGCACCUAGGUACGUAGCCUACACUUGUGGUCUUAUCAGAGGUGGUCUGGCUAAUUUGUGUAUCAACAGUAUAGUCACAGCAGAAGUGCAGACAAUGCCUUCCUGUAAAUUUCACAUUCAUGUUCAGAGAUCGUAAUGUAAAAUAGGAGAAUAUAAGUAAAUUAUUAAAACAUGUAAAAUGAAACAUAAUAUUAUCUGUUGAAA